AUGUGCCAUACCGGCCCGUCACGUUUCGGUCUGCUCGUCGACCGCAAGCCCCAUCUCGUCUCGUUGUUGGGCAUGUUCACUGGGCUUGAAUUACUCCCCUUUGACGUCGUGUAUCAGGUUGCUAAACGACUAGAUAUCCGCUCCUACGAGAGUCUUGCCAGGUCCUGCAAGCCGCUUUAUCGCCAUCUUCAGAAUGAACACUCGGCCAGGAUCGUCUUACAGGCCACCUUCCCACGACAUCCUUGGGUGCAGCUCGCGCAGUCACCGUCACACGCUGAUCAGAGGCAGACCCUGGGUCGCAUCCAUCAGUGCCACUCUGCUUUACAACAAGCGUUGCCAUACUCGGCCUCGAUUAUAGCAUAUGCCUCGACUUUCGCCUAUAACGCGGGUAUGCUGUGCUAUACAGCAGGUGGCAACCUCCGGAUUCUCAAUUUCAAUCAUCAGAGAGCCACGGAGAAGGUGUUCGAGGGCCGUGUUCUUGUCAAUCACAUCGCCGUCACCCAACUGCAAGUGGGACUGCUAGAUCUCGGCUCCCUCCACUCGAUGGAAGUGCUAGGCUAUGCUCAUGACAUAACGGUUCUGCACUGUGACUUUAGCGCGUUUGGCCAAUAUGUCUUCGCCAUCGACGUGUCUGACAGCACGCCGGCGAGUGGCUCUCCGACCCAUGGUCUGCAUCCUCGUGUCCGUUUGUGCGCGCGCAUCCGGUCAAACAACAAGCUCUUCGUGAGGCAUUCGAAAAAGUACUUUGUCAUGGGCUCUCACUCUGCGACUGGCAGCCAUGGCCACCACGAAUGGUUGUUGCAGGCCUUCCAUCUCGACACGGCCGAGCCUGUCCACGCAGAACCGUUGCAGCUGCAGGGGUUUUACGGCUCCGAGAUAGGCUCUACGGCAUGUUUCACUAUCCACCAGGACGAUUUCUACGCCGUGACGAACCAAACGAGUCUGGAAAGCGAGGAGGUGGACUGGACAAGCUAUUUCCACGUGGUCAAAUUCCGGGUGGACGACCCACAGCCCGAGCUGAUCAUCAAGGUCAUUUGGCGGCGACAACACCUCGAGGGACCUAUCAACGACGCUUGGACGGACCUCGGAUUUCAGAUCGAUCAACGCACUGGCGAGUUGUUGAUCGUCGAGUGCAGAAAGGAGUGGGCCAACGGGGGUAGUAGGUCUAUUCGAACUUACUACACGCAGUCCCUGGACCGGAUCCGGCUCAAGGAUCUCAAAGAAGGCAUGCGCCAUCCGCCGACGGAGGACCGCCUGAUUAGCACUCUUGACGAGACCAGUAAUAGCAGGUACGAGGACCCGGGGGUGCGGAUCAACCGGUUCGUUCAUCCGGAGUUUCCGGCCGUCAACGAGCAGACCGUCAAGGAGUACAUUCGGGCCAAGACGAAAUGGAAUGGGUACAGCUUCAAUACACAGUGUUUUGUCGACCUCGUAACGGACGAGUUCGUCCCCGAAGGGGAUUGGCGGCCACGGCAACGCAUCCGUCUCCGUGUGGUCAGCAGACAGGAGCUCAGUCCGCUCGUCCGGGAUCAGAGGGCACUGUGUCCAACGGCUCUGAUGAUACGGCCGCGGAUUAAAGACCGUGAGGACCAGGAGCUGGAGGACAGUGAGCGUAUGUUCUCGCCCAGCAGCGUACAUCUGUGGCCGCCGGAUGAUGCACCACAAGAGUUAUUUGACGUUCUCUGCCCCGACGGCAGGGCUGGCGAGGUUAGAGCGAUUCUCGGCGACGAAGGCAUCAUCUACAUGGUCGGUCCGCCGCGGGAGCUUGGGUCAUCUGAACGAGCUCUCGUCUUCAUCUCAUUCGAUCCUACCUUCGGAUUUACAGGCAUGAGGCGGCUGGACGGCACGUUCGCGAUGCCACAGCUAGAGAGGAAGCGGAAGACCGGCGGCAUCGUCCAUGCGCCACCGGCUGUCAAAUAUGAUAUCCCACGCCUGGGGAAAGAGGAAUCCCAGCGGCUUGCGGGUCCAGGUCUAGCCGAACGACCCAAGCGGCUGAAGCUCGAGGGUGGAGCAGCACCAGCAACACCAGUGGAAGCAUACAAUCUUGGGCUCAGGCCGGACUCCAAAACCGAUGACGCCCGAGGCCACGCCCAUGCCCACGCUCGCUUGAACGCGACUCCGAGGCUUUCCACAGCCGUCGAGGACAGACCGGAGCCAAAUCUUUCAAUCCCGCCCCAAGGAGAUGCCACAGCCCAGGCCCUGGGCCUUGAUCCGCCAUCAUCAUCUCCGCCCGAAUCCGUCAACCAAAUACAAAGAUCCGAUCGCUUCCCCGGACCAGUCGACCCGACGGACGCAUCUGGCGAUCAGCAGGACAACAGGCUUGACGAGGAGCAUGGCAGAGGGAAAGACAAGGGGAAAGGAAAACGAAAGGCCAGAAUACCUCCUUCAACACACGCACGCACAAGCACACGCACGACCUGGCGCGAGAAUGCCGCGUACCUAGCGAUCAACAAAGGCUUUUGGUUACGAUGA